UUGUUUUCCUUCAUUAAAAUUAAGCUAUUGCAAGCAUUUUGUUUUGUUUGUUUUCGUUGGUGUUCUUUAAAAUUAGCAAACUGCAUGUCCUCGAAAAUUGAGAGAUGGCAAACCAAGAGAUAAGCUUAAAGUGGAAUGGAUAUCAAAGUAAUAUAUUAUCAAAUGUGAAAGAACUUUAUAAAGACGAAGGUUUGUCGGAUGUCACCCUGGUUACGGAAGGGCAUAGUUUUAAAGCACAUAAAGUAAUUUUGUCUGCAAAUAGCUCCGUUUUCAAAACUAUAUUUCAGCAAAACCCCCACAAGGAUCCAAUUAUAGUUCUACAUGACAUCAAUACCGCCUCUUUACAAACUCUUUUGACUUUUAUGUAUAAUGGCGAGGUUAAUGUAACCGAGGAUUUUCUGCCCGUUCUUCUGAAGACCGCAGAAACGUUGAGAAUUUGUGGUUUGUCUACUGGCAGUGAGUCGCGCGAGGAUGACAAAAUUUCUGCCUCUCAUUCAAAGAAACGCAAGAAGAGUGAAAUUGAAGAUAACAAUAACAAACCUAAGAAACCUCACACCACACAGUACAAGUCAGAUGUAGCUACAAAUGUCAUCAAUGCUGACUCUCUGAAGAAUACUGCCAUUGUACCCAAAGUUGAACCUGUUGAUUCACCGUUAACCGAUUACUCAGGAGAAAACACCAAUGAUACAGAUAUUGCUUUACUAGAAGAUGUUGAAAAGAAAUAUUCAAUAAGUCCCGAAAGUUCAUCCGGUAAAUCUAUGAGCUCAGUGGUACAGAAGGACCGUAGUGUAAAGAAAUGGAUUAACGAAGUCAGUAGUACACAGCCUUGUCUUAAUGUAGUUGAUAAAACAAAUGGGAUUGAUAUUGAUGAAGAUAAAGAUAGCGUAGAGAUUGACAAGGAAGUUGAAAAUGUAUUGCAAAGUGGGACAAUUGUGGAGAGUUUGAGUAUAACAACGGAUAGCUUGAAUUCUGUAUCAAGCGAAGUUCAAAAUAUCAAAGAUAAAACCAAUACAUGUUACGCUAACCCGUCAUUUCCAUGUCCGUUUUGUCCGCGUGUUUACAAUAGUUGGGGAUAUAGAAGAAGACAUGUUAAAUCCAGACAUGUCACUAACAGGUUAUCAUGCAAAUGGUGCAUUUCAGUGCUGCCAUCAACUGGCGCUUGGUAUUCCCAUGCUACUAAAACUCAUGGUGUGCCACAUGAAGAGGCUAGAAACUCUUUGGUAGUUAUGGUUGAAGCUCAUGCGGUACUCACGUUAAACGAACCCAGUGUUACCCAGUUAUUGGGUCAGGUUGGUAUCACUGAUUCAAACGGUAGUGUUGCCAAUGAGAAGACUAAUUAGGGUAUGUUUUUUUAUAAUAUUACUAACUAAGGAGUAAACUAAAGUCAAUUUUGGUAAUAUUAAAGAUUCAAUUUGCAGUGCAAAUUACAAUUGAAUUUAUACUUUUUGAUAAUAUUGGUAAUCUUAGAUAUUUUUAUUAAAAAAAAAAUAUUUUUAAUAUGAAAUCAAAUCUACAGAGUAAUAAUGUAUUUAUAUAAAUUCAUAUAAGGGUGAUACAGUUUUGAACUAAGUUUAAAUAGUUUCUUUAUCGAGGGUCUAAGAAUCAUUUGAAAUUUUGAACAAUAAUCAACUAUUACUAAGCAAUCUAUAACUUUUUAUAUACACAACAGAAAAAAUAUUUAAAUUGCUACAUUUUUUAAAUUUUAUAUCAAAUCCUUGUAAUGUACAAUACUAGCUGCGAACGACACGGUCCGCGCGGAAUUAAGAAAAAAAAACUAUUGGUCACAGCCUAAAGCCUUCCUAUAUAAAUGGACUA